UACUUACUUUUGUGAUAAGCUUGUCAACGCAAAGUAAAAUCAAUUAAAAAAAAAGUCGAAUGAUUUUCUUCUUCCUCUUCCAUGCAGACUAGCAGACGAGUUGACUUGCACUAAAACUUUUAUCAAAUUGUAAGCGAUCACAUAGAAAAUGGAGAAAGUUUUUGUAAUUAUGCUGCUUGGAAGUUUCACAUCAUUUGUUAUGUGCUGUGUAAGUUCAUUUGCGGGAGAUAAUUGCCAAUAUGAGUACAAGGCUUACAACAACGACGAUGAUAUGGACAGAAAUAUAGCGGAAACUAAGUGUGCCACACAGUUUGGCGGAGUCCUGGCCAAAGUAAACAGCGCGGUCGACAGCGCAACUCUUCGUAACAUCCUUGCAUCCUACGGCGACGAAAAGGUUUGGAUUGGCGCCCAAAGGGACAGUGGAGGCAAUUGGUAUUGGCACAAUGAUGGAUCUCCAAUAACUUGGACAAACUGGGAUAGUGUUCCGGAUGGUUCUGAGGACUGUGUUUACGUCAUGGCCGACAGCAUGGACUGGAUAAACAAAAACUGUGACGAAGAAGCUCCUGUUGUAGCCUGUAUGAUAGUUCAUGAAUCAACAACCGAACAAACAACCAUACAAACAACCGUGCAAACAACCGAACAAACAACCGUGCAAACAACCGAAAUGACGACCAUACCACAGCCUUGUGACACACCACAAUUAGGAAAAAUGACAUAUGCUUUGAAGAUUGAUAAAAAAACAGUGAAUGAUCUCUCAAACGCUAUAGGCGGGGAAUUCGUCGCAAGGUCCAAAUUGGAGUGUGCGACAAAAUGUUUUGAGCUUACAAAGUGUAUAUGUCGAGCUUUUGUAUUUAACAAAUCUGACAAAAAGUGUACACUUCUAGAAUCGAAGAUUCCAUUGAGCAAUUUUGUUGUUGACGCCAAUGGUUUGUCUUACUAUGAAUUAGACAAUGUCAAAUGAGUCAUAAUUUGUAGAAAGAAUUUUAAAUGAAAUGAUGCUAAAUUGCAAUUAUAUGAUGAUCUGAGAAAAACAUAUUUACUUUGAUGAGGUAAAUUUUCAAGAUUUGGAUAAUGGAGGUAGCAAAAUUGAAUAUCUCGUUCGGGAUCAUACCUAAAUUGUUAAAUUUAUUAGAAUGGCUUUCGUGCGGAGAAGGCAAUUCAUUUAUAACAUAUGAUAUUAAUUUCCACGUAUUAAUUUUGUAUUUGUUGUUAACAGUGGUUGUUAACAACAAAUACAAAUAUAGUGGUUGCGUUGUUAACAAUAACCCCAAGGUGGGCUGGGUGAAAUUGUUAUUCAUUUUUCAUACUUUGUUGAAUUGUUAGACUGACUACUAUAAAGAAAUAAACUAAACUAACUAUCUAGCUAACUAUAAAACUUUUUAACUAUAAAAGCAUUUGAAGUGAGAUGUCCUAGGGUAUUUGGAUUUAUGUACUUGAUCCUUUGUCCAUAGAUAGGUUACGAGUGACUGCAAGCAAUAAUUACAAAGAUUAGAGCCAUGGACAAAAAUAAUGCAUUAACAUAUAAUGUUACUAUAAUCAAGAAUCAACAUACAUGAACAUCCUGUUUUUAAGUAAUGCCAGUGGGGUUUUCAAUAUAUCUCACGAUGGUAUCAUACUGAACGGGUUGUGAUCGAAAGACUUGUUCGGCGUGGAGAGAGCAUGUCACUUUUCAUAAAAACACCAAUAAAACUUAGUGGAAUAUUUUUU